AUGACAAAAGCAGCCGCCCCCAUUCGCCUCCCUCGAUUGGAUUUCAAUGUCCUGCGUAAGUACUGCGAGGUUUGCCUCCCUAAGGUUAUCUUGUCUGAGGAUCCCACUUUGCAUCGGGGCAGUUGUGUGGUUGUAGCAAUUUACAGACAUGUUUCCGAGUUGGCUUUCACUAGGGGUGGGCAGAAAUAUUGGAUUUACAGCAAGCGGUUGAGGGUAUGCUUGCUUACUGAUGCUAUACUUCACAAGGGCCAAGUCUAUGCAGCUGGUUCCUACGGCGAGGAGUGUUGGACUGAGGUAUUCGUGGUUUACAAGUUGGUGUUCUACGAGAGGGAUGGGUCCGUUGUACAACAUGUUAAGCUAAAAACUAUUGGAGAUGAGGUUUUGUUCCUGGGUAACAAUUAUUCUAUUUCUGUUUUGGCUUUGAACUUUCCUUCGUGCCUUCCCAAUUCCAUAUAUUACAUGGAUGGUGGGACAAAAUCUGGACAACGGAGAUUAUCUGACAGUUAUAUCAGGCCAAGUAAUAUAGGUGUUUUCAAUUUAGAGGAUGAAACCAAUACACAGCAUUACUCUCCAAAUGUUUCACCGGCACUUUGGAUCGUGCCCCUGUUUAAUGGACUCUGCUAG